AUGAGCCAGGGAGCCGUGUCGACUAUUAGAGAGGAACAGCUUCAGCUCGAAUUAGACUCAGUAAAGGCAAGACUUGAGCUUUACGAACCCCAAAUUGCGUCACAACAUUCUCCUGUACCCGAGUCAUCCACCAAUCUUUCUCCAUGUUGGACUUCCCUCUCUUCUAGGGGUGGUCGAGCUUCUUUGGACGCCGCCAUGGACAGUCGACGUGCUAUCAACUGGCAUGCUCCAUUACGCCAAAGAGCGUACUCGCAACAAGACCGCCCAGCUCAGCUUAUGGCCCGCAGCAUUUCCAAUCAUUCUGAGCUGGAUAUGUCUGCCCUGUAUGGUGGCGCUGCUGUCUCCUUGACCAACAUGCCUGGCUUGUUGGGUGGUUCUUCUCGCACUGCCUCGAUCAAUGGUCAUUCGUCCAGCAUGACUGAAAACACUAGUGUUCCGGAUGUUGGAAUUCACCCCAGCAGUUAUCUCUCAACCCGUAGCUGGUACGAUGAGCAGUCGUACUUUGCUUCAAAUGGGACUUAUCUGUCUCCCGAUGAUGUCCACAGCAACUUUAUUCCAUCGGCCCCUCCUUCCAUGGUGUCUGGAUUCUCGGCUCUCGAGCCUACCCAACCUCUGACGAGGCAGAACAGCUCUUAUGGCGGAAGCAACGGCGCACACAUGGUCCGGCUGCCGUCUUCUCAGUCUGAUCGGACGGACGAGCAUUCAGUACAGGAUCCACUGCAGCCGACCAGCGCAGAGAAUCAUUGUGCCCUGAGCGCGGCCUCUGACACGGACUUCAUAGCGAUGGGCUCCAGAUUCAACAUGACUGGCCAAGAAUAUCCCAUCUCUACUGACAGUACCAGCCUCCUCUUAUCAGCUUCGACAUCCCAAUCUAUGGAGCGCUCUUUUUCAAACACAAGCUCCUCUAGUGCAAAAUCAACAAUUUCUAAUGCGGACCGUCGAGCAAGAGAAGCCCUUGAACGUACUCUUCACAACGGUAGAACGAAUCAUAUUCGCCCCAAGGCGGAGAGUCAGGCGAAUAUCAAGACCGGGCCUCCUGCACCGCACAAGAAAGCCGGCAAGGUCGCACUUCCAAAAACUCCUUAUCAGCGACCCAAGGGACCAAAGGUCUUUUGCGAAUUCUGCGGGGAGCAUCCGGAAGGCUUUCGUGGCGACCAUGAGCUCCGCCGCCACCUCAACGCCAAACACAAAGGUGUUGUGAAGAAAUACGUGUGUAGAGAUCCAGCAACAGUCGGACUUACCUCUGGGGUCCAGGCAUUGCAGCCAUUGUCAGAUUGCAAGGCCUGUUCAGGAGGCAAGAAGUAUGGGGCGUAUUACAAUGCCGCUGCUCACCUCCGCCGCACGCACUUCAAACCAAAGGCCCCUCGUGGUAAGAAUAAGAAACCCAACGACGAGAAGCGUGGUGGGAAAGGAGGUGGUGACUGGCCGCCAAUGUCAGAACUGAAGCUCUGGUUCGAGGAAGUUCUGGUCGCCCGAGAUGACGAAGAGCACAACUUGGCCGCCACAGCACCCGACGAUGAAGAUGCUGUUGCCGAUGACGAAGUUGAAGUUGACUGGAUGAUGCGUCAAACGAUGGAUGACGACGCGUCCGACUGUGAUGCGGAAGGUGACGCCUGCAUGACAUCUUGGGAUGGUGCCCCGAUUCAGUACCAAAAUGAAGGCAUGCACGCUCCUCUGGACACAUCUGUCACAGAUGCACAAGGCGGUGACCUCUCGUAUGAGCAAAUGCCCCAAGUUAGCUUUGCUGUUGAUGAGUUCUCCAUGGCCGGGGGCGAAGGUGGUCCUUUUGACCCUGCCCUUCUUGAAUCUACGCCCUCUGAGUUUUACAGUCAGGAACAGUCUUAUCGCUGGUCUGUGAACAGCCUGUAA